CACACAGACACUUCGUCAUCUCGUCGCACAAUGGCGUCAUUUCGUGUGCAACCAAGCAGAAAUCAAACACAGUCAGCAGACACAGACACCGCCUUUGAUGACGCUUGGUGUGGUUGGAAGGAGGUGCAAAGCCGUGCAGUGGUGUGCCCUGGCCCGUCGUGUGCCGAAACCCCGCUACCUCACACGAACAGCAACAGCAACAGCAACAGCAACAGCAACAGCAGCAACAGCGAAGAUGGGUACGCGCACGCUGGAGACACUCAACUUUGACAACCAAGCCCUGGAGCGGCUUCCCAUCGACCCGGAGAAGAAGAACUACGUGCGAACGGUCGAGAAUGCCACCUUCUCCUUGGUAGAGCCAGCUCCGCUUGACAACCCACGCGUCGUGGCCACGUGUUGGGAUGCGCUCAAACUUCUCGGCCUGAGCGAGAAGGAGGAAGAGCGGCCCGAGUUUGUCGAGUACUUCAGCGGCAACAAGCGGCUGCCGGGCUCGCGGCCCGCCGCCCACUGCUACUGUGGCUACCAGUUUGGCAACUUUGCUGGGCAGCUCGGUGACGGCGCUGCCAUGUAUCUCGGCGAGGAGAACUGCACAGUCAUCACGCGCAUUGCGCCCACGUUCUUCCGCUUUGGGUCAUUCGAAGUCGCAAAGACGGAGGACCCUGUCACGGGCAGGCCAGGCUCCAGUCCCGGAAACACGGACCUCGUCCGCACGCUUGCUGACUACACGCUGGAGAUGUUUUACCCGCACAUUCACGCAACGGACGCAGACGCCGCCACCAAAUUCACCGAGAUGUACCGCGAGAUCUGCGUGCGCACAGCGCGGCUGGUUGCCAAGUGGCAGGCGGUUGGCUGGUGCCACGGUGUACUCAACACAGACAACAUGAGCAUCAUCGGUCUCACCAUCGACUAUGGCCCGUUUGGCUUUCUAGACCGCUAUGAUCCCGAUCACAUCUGCAACCACUCGGACGAUGGCGGGCGAUAUGACUACAAGAGCCAGCCUGCAAUCUGCGAGUGGAAUCUGAACCGGUUGGCCGAAGACCUUUCGCCGCUCACCGACAAGGAGACGCUGGACCAGAUCUGCAACGAAACGUUCAAGCGGGAGUACACCACCGCCUACCGCGCACACAUGCGCGCAAAGCUCGGGCUGACACACACAGCAGCCGCUGUCGAAAGCGCAACCAAGUCACACGAUGGCGAUGGGGAUGACGAUGACGACAGCGCUGCUGAUGGGGAUGAUCGCCUGUUUGUACAUCUGUUCAACGUGAUGGCGGAUACGGGCGCCGAUUUCACCAACACGUUCCGGCUCCUCAGCCUCGUAUCGCCGGAGAACAGGGGUGCACCGUUCCUGUCGGCAAUCAGCGAGCAUCUCACCACUGUCGACGAGUGGAAGCGCUCUAUCAAGCCGCGCAUGGACCCGCGCCAGCUGCAGCAGCUGCUCGCCCUCCCGCAGAUCGCGCAAGCGUUUGGUGUUGAAAUGACGCAAGCGGAGAAGGAGACGAAGGACCGGGAGCUGUGGGGCGAGUGGCUGAUGUUGUACUGCCGGCGGCUGCAGACAGAGCAGGAGCGAUCGGGACUUGACCACGACGCCUUUCAUCACAACAAGCAGCAGCGUUCAUUCUCCGCAAUUUUGUCGCGCAACACGCCAGCGCAACACGCCAUCGACCUUGCGGAGAAGGGCGACUACAGCGAGGUGCAGCGCGUGCUGUCGCGUCUCCAGCAUCCGUACACGCAGCCCGAGGGCGAACCACUGCAGAAACCGCCGGCGUGGGCGUGUGCACUCGGCGUCAGCUGCUCGUCGUAA